AAGGGGCUGGGAAAGUGGUGACCAAGGGUCAGAUCAUCAGGGCCAUCUACCUGAGGAGGGGCUGGGCAGGAAUUGUCUUUGGUAUGGGGGAGGCAUCCCAGAACAGGGGUAAAGCUAUCUAUCUAGAGUCUAAACGACUGUCCUGGAGCGAAAAGCAAUCUCCAAUGGGAAGAAUAGAUGGACCCACCUGAGACCCAAAGGGUUCCUGUGUCCCUCAAACGUAGUUUAGCUCAAGGACCUUCCUUAGAAUUAAAGGGUUAAAAUUAAUUCAACGAGUAUGUACUGAGCAUCUGCUGCAGACCAGAACCUAACCAACAACCUAGGGUGCGAGGAGAGGGACCACCUCUGGCCUGUGAUCUCAACUGUCAGAGCUGGAAGGAAACUUGGAGGUCACAUUCUUCCAUCCUCCACCUCCCAUUUUUACAUCUCCGAGCUGGGCCCCAGGAGGAAAAGUGAUUUAAUCAAAGUCUUAAAGCUAAUUAGUGGCAUGGCUGAGUCUAGAAUUCAGGACUCCCAAUUCUAAGUCCUAUACACUUUCCAUUACACCACCUAAUUGUGUAUGGAGUGGGAAGGUGGGGGGAGCGGGAGGGGGACGGAUUUCCUCUGAUUAACUGCCAUAGUUUUCCAGGUUACUUUGUUAGGAAAACCUGUCCAGGGGAGAAAGAAUUCCCUGAAGCCUUACCUACCCAGAGAUUGGGAAGGGGAAAUGCCUGCCCUCCUUGGUCAUGGAGUAUCCUAGCCCUUUCCUCUGGCUUCCACCUGCAGCAGAGGGGGCAGAACAAGGGACAGGGCCAGGAGAAUUUCUGACUGGCCCGGGAACCCCCUCCGUCCUGCUUAUCUCCUACACCCUGGCUGCAAAAGGCCUUCAUUGAGUUGGCUCUGCACUGGGCUGCUGCCCCCGCAGGUCAAGGCCUCAGGGCCUCCGUAGGGGACAAAACGACAAAAAGUUGGAAGGAGUUACCACUUUUCCUGUCUUCCCCCUCCCCUCCUCUCCAACCCUGCGGAGGUGUAGAAGACUCGGGAAAGAAGGGUAGGGGGGAAUGUCCCACUGGCCAGUUAGGAAAAAAACCAAGUCCGAGGAGAGACCCGAGCGGGGAGAAGAAAAAGAAGCGGUCCUCUGCGCCUCCUCCCGUGAGGUCCGUGCUGUGGUGCGCGCCAAGGUCUCCGGCUCCCAGACUGGAGCAGCCGAGAUAACCGUGGUCUCCCUCCCCCGGAGCAGGCUUCCAGCCGCGGCAGCUUUUCCACCUCUCCACUCCCACCCUGCAGGGGGCCCCCCAGAUCCGCGCAAGGGCAGCUCGCGUUCGUCUCAGCGUUGUAAGGAGCGGGUGAACGCGCUGGCCAUUGCCGUGAUGAACAUGUGGCCCGGAGUGCGCCUACGGGUGACCGAGGGCUGGGACGAGGACGGCCACCACGCGCAGGACUCACUUCAUUACGAAGGACGUGCCUUGGAUAUCACCACAUCCGACCGCGACCGCAACAAGUAUGGGUUGCUGGCGCGCCUGGCCGUGGAAGCCGGCUUCGACUGGGUCUACUACGAGUCCCGCAACCACGUCCACGUGUCGGUCAAAGCCGAUAACUCCCUGGCGGUCAGGGCAGGCGGCUGCUUUCCGGGAAAUGCCACCGUGCGCCUGCGGAGCGGCGAGCGGAAGGGGCUGCGGGAACUGCAUCGCGGAGACUGGGUGCUGGCGGCAGACGCGGCCGGCCGGGUGGUGCCCACGCCCGUGUUGCUCUUCCUGGACCGGGACCUGCAGCGCCGGGCCUCUUUCGUAGCGGUGGAGACCGAGCGGCCCCCGCGCAAGCUGUUGCUCACGCCCUGGCACUUGGUGUUCGCGGCUCGGGGGCCAGCGCCCGCACCAGGCGACUUUGCACCGGUGUUUGCGCGCCGGUUGCGCGCGGGGGACUCGGUGCUGGCGCCGGGCGGGGACGCCCUUCGGCCGGCGCGCGUGGCCCGCGUGGCGCGGGAGGAAGCCGUGGGCGUUUUCGCACCGCUCACAGCGCACGGGACGCUGCUGGUCAACGAUGUCCUGGCCUCAUGCUACGCGGUUCUGGAGAGUCACCAGUGGGCGCACCGCGCCUUUGCUCCCUUGCGCCUGCUGCACGCGCUGGGGGCGCUGCUUCCGGGCGGGGCCGUCCAGCCGACUGGCAUGCAUUGGUACUCUCGGUUCCUCUAUCGCUUGGCUGAGGAGCUGCUGGACUGAGGGUUCCAGGCAUAGAAACCUCGUGGCACCCGCCUAAACGCGAGCGUGCGGGCUGGGAUCCGGGGAUAUGCGCAGCAGACGAUGCUGAUGGGGGGGAGGGGGAGGGAGAAAAAGGAUGAGAUGGUUUAGGAGCAACCUCUAAUUGUGAGGUUGGGUCCUAGGUAGGUGGGGUUGAUGAUGGAUACUCCUUGACGCCGACUGUUUCUCCUUUUAUUCCCCAGUGCCUCAGCCCCACUCGAUUAUUUUAUUUUAUUUUCUAUUUAUAAAUUGUAAUAUAAUGAUCUGCUUGCCCAGCCUGGCAAGAUGAGGGGCUGAGGCACGGUCAUAACAUUUUCCUACAAGUGGGCUAAUAAAAGGAAGGGUUCCAGGAA